AUGAAAUUCAGCUCAGCUCUACAAUUUAAUGCCGUUCCCGAAUGGCGUGACAACUAUGUUGACUAUGGAGCGCUCAAAAAGCUUCUGUAUGCUUUGGAAAAAGAGAGCCUGCGUCCUCCGAAUGGACAAGAAUCCGCGGCAUUGAUGGCCCGUGAUCCUGAGCCUGCUUUUACACAAGCAUUAAACCAACAGCUCAAGAAAGUGGAUUCUUUCUAUCAGACUGAAGAGGUCAAAACAUACGAAAAAGAAGAUGCAUUAUGCGAGGAGGUGUCCGCUUUUGAUUUUCCGGGUAGUCCAGUUUUGGAACCAGGCACUUCUACAAAUCCGGGCAUACGCAGUGAGGCAUCCGAUUCCAGUGAAAAUGAAAUGAACACGUCGACGUUGGGAGCUGCACAUCGACGGAAACGAAAGAACAGCACUGCUCGCAAGAUGGACCAUCACGAUGAGUUCUCGUACAGACGCAUUUCUCUAAAACGCGAACUGAUUUCAAUGUACGUUUCGCUCAACGAGCUGUCUACAUUUGUUGAUAUUAACAAAACGGGGUUUAGGAAGAUUCUCAAAAAGUUCGAUAAAACACUUGGACUGAGUCUCCUGCCAAUCUACACUGAAGAGGUCAUCAAACAAACGCAUAUUUUCAAAUCGUCAACUCAGGAUGAGCUAGCUCGCCGUAUUGAUCGUGUUGUCCGGGAGUAUGCCGAUCUAGUAUUAAAUGGCGAUGAGGUCUUGGCAGCUGAAACCUUGAAAGGUUAUCUCAGGGAGCAUGUGGUAUAUGAACGCAAUACCGUCUGGCGUGACAUGAUUGGUAUGGAGCGCCAUACACAGGCAGUUGGUACGGAUAAAGAACAAAUGCCGCAUUCUCGAAUCCGCGUUUGUGGAAUUGCGUUACCAGACUCCUUCAGUAAUCCUGCAAUUUACAAGCUGACUCUCAUUUCUACAAUAUUCUUGCUCUUGCUUGCAUUUCCAGUGCUCCAGUCAAGGCCCCAAUCCAACUGCUUCGCCAUUGUUAUUGCUGCAUCCCUGCUUUGGGCGACUGAAGCAAUUCCGUUAUUUGUCACUUCGUUACUAGUCCCGUUGUUAGUAGUGGUUCUACGCGUUCCUGUCGAUAACCAUGGCCACGCUUUGACAGCUAAGCAAGCUUCUGAUUUCGUGUUUUCGAAAAUGUGGUCUCCUGUGAUCACCGUUCUACUAGGUGGCUUCACGCUGGCAGCUGCGCUUUCCAAGUACAAUAUUGCCAAAGCAAUGGCAGUCAUGAUUCUGUCCAGAUCGGGAACCAAUCCCAGGGUUAUAGUUUUGGUUCUUAUGUUUGUCGCCGCUUUUCUUUGCAUGUGGAUCAGUAACGUUGCUGU